AAGUUCAAUGUGGACCCGAUAUGUGCUUGGUCUCACAGGAAGUUGCCGUGUGUUGACGGGAUGAUGCAUUAAUUGACCCGUUGACAAUCCACUGUCACCAGCAAAGUCCGUCCGCAUGGCUUCGCCGCUUAGACCUGGAAAAAACAAAAGAACUGUAGUAUUAUAAGUGUAGCAGUCGUGGAGGAGGAGACGACGUAGAGGAAAGAAGAGAACUUUUUCCAAGAAGGUUUCGCUUUGUGAGUAGAAGAAGGGUGUUGGACUCACUGAGGUCGCUCUACUUCUUUCUCAUCAUUUCUUGAGGAAAUGAAUACAAAUUCGUUUCCAGAGAUUCUUAUCUUCUUUCUGCUUUGUUUUUGCUCUUCUGUUUACGGGGGAGUGCUUCCUGACGAUUCGCUUUUGCUGGAAUUCAAGUCCUUUGUUUCUGAUCCUCAUGGGAUUCUCUCCAGCUGGAACUCCAGUGGUGCCGAUCAUUGUUCAUGGGUCGGUGUCGCAUGCAACUCCAAAUCCAGGGUUCUUUCCAUCAGCAUUAUCGGCGGUGAUAAUGGGUUUGAAGGUAGUUCUCAGACUCUUUCAUGUUCUGAGUCUUUAAAGUUUCCUUUUACAAGGUUUGGAAUCAGGAGAAAGUGUUCUAAUCGUGUUGGGAAGUUAGCGGGGAAUCUAUCACCGUUGAUUGGAAAACUUAGUCAGCUUAGAGUUUUAUCGUUGCCUUAUAAUGAACUUAGUGGUGAAAUUCCCUUGGAAAUAUGGGGUUUAAAGAAUUUGGAAGUGCUUGAUCUUGAAGGAAAUGUGUUUACCGGAAAAUUGCCUUCGGCAUUUGUUGGCUUAAGGAAAUUGCGAGUUUUGAAUCUUGGGUUUAAUGUACUUCAUGGGGAGAUUCCCAUUUCCUUAUCAAAAUGUGCUGGUUUAGAGCUUUUGAAUUUGGCUGGUAAUAAGUUCAAGGGGUCAAUUUCCAGCUUCUUUGGUAGUUUCUUUAAGCUAAGGGGGCUUUAUUUGGCAAAUAAUAAGCUGAAUGGGACUAUUCCAGCUGUCUUAGGAAGUAAAUGCCAGCAUCUUCAGCAUCUUGAUCUGUCUGGAAAUUCCCUGUUUGGUGGAAUUCCUGAUGCUUUGGGAAAUUGUCGGCAGUUGAAGACGCUUUUGUUGUUUUCGAAUAAGUUGAAUGGAGUGGUUCCUCCUGAGCUUGGUCAGCUUGGAAGGCUUGCAGUUCUAGACAUUUCAAGGAAUUUCAUUAAUGGUGCUAUCCCUGCUGAGCUUGGUAAUUGUGCUGAAUUGUCAGUUCUUAUACUUUCAAACCUUUUUGAGACGUGGCCGAAUGACAGAAAUAGGAGUAGAAAGAUAUCAGCUAAUUUGCCAACAUUUGCAAAUCAUGAGUACAAUCAUUUUCAAGGGUCUAUUCCUACCGAGAUUACAACCCUUCCAAAGCUAAGAGUGCUUUGGGCACCAAGGAUAACUUCUGGAGGGAGGCUUCCAAGCACUUGGGGUCGUUGUGAAAGCUUGGAAAUGGUGAACUUAGCUCAGAAUGGUUUUGUUGGAGAAAUAAACGGAGUUUUUGGGAGAUGCAAGAAGCUUUAUUACCUUGAUUUGAGUUCAAAUAUGCUAAGUGGGGAGCUUGACAAGAAACUUCCAGUUCCUUGUAUGACUUUCUUUGAUGUUAGUCAAAACGAAAUUUCUGGCACCAUCCACAAAUUUAAUGACAAUAUUUGCUCACGUGUGCGCUCCUUGAAUUCAGGUCUUGGUGAAGCCUGUGACCCAACACAUGGUUACACAUCAUUCUUAAGAUAUAAAACUUGCCUUGCAAGCCAUCUGCCAUUCUCUGUUGCCAACACGGCAAUGAUUCACAACUUUAGUGGAAACAAGUUCACUGGUCCGAUUCGUUGGCUGCCAGUUGCACCAGAGAGAUUGGGCAAGCAGACUGAUUAUGCUUUUCUUGCCAGUGGAAAUAAGGUUACUGGAUUAUUUCUUGGAAGGUUAUUUAGAAACUGCAAUAAAUUACAUGGAGUGAUUAUCAAUAUUAGCAAAAACCAGAUAUCUGGUCCUAUUCCAUUGAAUAUUGGUUCAGUUUGCAGAUCUCUAAAAUUUUUGGAUGUGUCUGAGAAUCAAAUUUUGGGGUCCAUACCCCAAAGUAUUGGGGAUUUGAAAUUUCUUGUUGCCCUUAACUUGAGUGGGAAUAAACUGCAGGGUCAAAUCCCUGCUAGUCUCUAUCGGUUAAAGUACCUAAAGCGCAUCUCCUUGGCUGGCAACAACCUGACUGGAAUUAUCCCUUCUAGUUUCAGGCAGUUGCAUUCCCCUCAAUCAUUAGAAAUUACCCCAAACUCUCUCUCCGGCAAAAUUUCAGAGAACACUGUGAAAUUGGGAAAUUUUACAUCUUUUGUGCUUGAAAACAACAAACUCUUACGCCAACUUUCUUCUGGUUUCAGUAAUAUACGAUCAUUGUCUUCAAAUUACCCAGCAGAGCCAUCACGCUUGACUAGUGAGCUGAUGAAUUGUACCGAUGCCCCAGGAAAUCCUUUUCCUAGGUCUUGUAAAACAUACUCCUUUUCUGCAUCAUCUCCACAUCCAACAGAGGGCAAUGGGGAUCAACAAAGUAAUGCAACUUCUAAUCCAGAAACCAAAACUGGGAGUACUGGUUUUAAGCACAUUGAGAUUUUAUCUAUGGCAUCUGCAGCGGCUGUUGUCUCUGUUCUUUUAGUUCUAAUUUUUCUGUUCUUUUGUACAAGAAAAUGGAGAACAGAUGCCAGGGCUCAGGUAUCUGAACAAAGGGAAAUUACCGUGUUUGUUAACAUUGGAGUUCCAUUACUAUAUGAGAAUAUAGUAGAAGCCUCAGGGAACUUUAAUGUGAGCAACUGCAUAGGGAAUGGAGGUUUUGGUGCCACUUACAAGGUUGAAAUUUCUCCAGGGACACUAGUGGCUAUAAAGAAGCUUGCUGUUGGAAGGUUUCAAGGUGUUCAACAAUUCCAUGCUGAGAUAAAGGCCCUGAGUAGGGCGAGGCACCCUAAUCUUGUAACUUUAGUAGGGUACCAUGCCAGUGAAACUGAAAUGUUUCUCAUAUAUAAUUAUUUGCCUGGAGGUAAUCUCGAAGAUUUUAUCAAGGAAAGAUCAGCAAGAGCUGUUACUUGGAAGGUUCUCCACAAGAUUGCUUUAGACAUAGCCUCUGCACUUGCUUAUCUCCAUCAUCAAUGUGUUCCUCGUAUUCUGCACCGUGAUGUUAAGCCUAAUAACAUAUUGUUGGAUAAUGAAUUAAAUGCAUAUUUAUCUGACUUUGGGUUAUCUAGGCUUUUGGGAAUUUCUCAAACCCAUGUAACCACUAGUGUGGCUGGAACAUUUGGAUAUGUUGCCCCAGAGUAUGCUAUGACAAGCCGUGUGUCCGAAAAAGCUGAUGUUUAUAGCUAUGGUGUGGUUUUGCUUGAGCUGAUAUCAGAUAAGAAAGCCUUGGAUCCUUCGUUUUCUUCACAUGAAAAUGGUUUCAAUAUUGUUUCUUGGGCCUGCACGCUGUUGCGACAUGGCCAAGGGAAUGAUGUCUUCAAUGCAGGGUUAUGGGAUUCAGCACCCCGAGAUGAUCUAGUGGAAAUGCUGCACUUGGCUGCCCGAUGUACAGUUGCGUCUCUCUCAAUGAGGCCUAAUAUGAAGCAAGUUGUCCAGCAGUUGAAGCAAAUUCAACCUGCCUAAUGUUAGCAAGCCAAAGAAGCUUAUGCGUGCGUGUUCGAAAUGUAAUUUGUACAUUUGCAGGCAUCCAUCUGAUGCUAACCUAAAGUUAAUUGCUUUAUGCUGUAACUUCAAUAGCCAUGUUCCAUCUUGCAUUAGGCUGAUAGAAAUUAUCAUAGUUAACAUAGAAAUGUUAAAUGUAGAAACAUACUGUAUGAGGAAUGUGAUAAUUGUUGUUCUUGCAGGAACAACAAUAUCAUCCUAUGAAAAUUGUUGUUCUUGCUGGAACAUCAAUAUCAUUCUAUGAAAAAUAUAUGCUUCAUAUUUUUGCUAAAACUUUGUAGUUAUACAUGUGAUUUGGGCUAGGCUAAUUUAUAUGAUUUUUAUAUUAGAUCAUUGAGGGCAGAAAAUAGCUCAUUAGAAUUUGAGAUUACCAUAUAAGCUAUUCCUAUUUCAGUAACUUUUCUAUAGUUCUUGGGAAACAACAAGUUGUUGAGAUGCAGUAGUAAAUGAGAAACGUAUCUUUCCUCUUGGUGUAGCAAGGUAAAUUUAAUAGGGGACAUCUUGACUUGCUCGAAGGAGAGGUCCAUCAUUGAAAUUUCUGAUUCUGAGAGCUUCAUAGGUAUAUAUUAGUUCAACUGAGACUGGAGAACCACUCCCCCCCUCCACCCCCCAUAAAAAAAAAAAGGUAAAAAAUUACUCUUAAAAACUCCAACAAUUUGGAUAUACAUAAUAUUACAUUAUUUUCCAUGGGAAUUUACCCUACAAUGGAGAUUCAAAUGGCGUAUUCAAGGGCAUUUUUAAAGUAUAAGAUUUAUCCUAGUCUCAUAAUUUUCUUUAUUUGUUUCGCAUCUGAUGCCUUCAAUCAAAGAUAAUAUGUUUUGGUUUAUUUGCUUUUCCUUCCUUUAUCUUUGCUUUUGUGAUUUUUUUUUGGGUACUUGAUUUGACAACUGGUGGAUGGUAUGGGCCGUCUAUUCUACAUUUUAGCACUGGUGGAGCGUAAUUUACAGCUGCUUUACUUUCUUUUAGUAUUUUCAGCUCCCUGAUUGAAACAUCAUGGCUUCCAAGCGUAUUUUGAAGGAACUUAAGUAUUUGCAGAAAGAUCCACCUACUUCUUACAUUGCAUAUUUUUCUCAGAUGAUUCAUUUCUCUUCCAAGUGUAGUUUGAAGGAACUUGAGAAUUUGCAGAAAGAUCACCUAGUUCUGCAGCUCUGGUUUGUCUCAGAUGAUUCAUUUCUUAUUGGAGUUCUUGUUGAUAGUAUUUUGAUUUCAGUUACGAGUGCUUGUUUUAAACUAUAAUGUCAAGCAAUAGAGUUAAGGCUCUAUAUUGGUUGGAGAACAGCUCCUUUUGCUUAUCUAAUACUUUUUGAAGCAUGCAUGUCCUUCUUUUCUUAAAAUCAAGAUACCCUUUUCAAGUUUUCCUUUUUAAUCAGGCGGCAAAGUGACAACUCCAUAAAAUUCAAGGCAUCAGAGAGGUGUCAAUUAGGCUUUUUUUCCCGUAAUUUAAUCUUGCACACGUGGGAAUAAUUUUUGCAGCAUACUGCUUAAUUUCCUUUUUGCACAUUUAUAAAUACAGCUUCCUCCUCCCAUAUGUGCCUUACCCUUCCCUGUCUUUGACUCCUUCCUUUUCCUGAUUUCUCUUAUAUCCAAACUACUUGUGUAAACAUAAAUCCUUCAUUAUUUCUCUUCUAUGUUACCCAAAAAUUGCUUGAGCCAAAAACUAUACAGUAAGGAAUGCUUGUUCACAGGUUUUGAUUGUGUUUGCUUUUUAGUUCUUACCACUGUACCAGAAGCAUCAUCACCUCCAUAGAAAGUAGCAUGUGCAUCCGACUAUCCACCUGCAUAUCCAUGAACUCUUUUGGUGUGGCUAGAAGGGUUAUCAGAUAAAUUCCAAGGAAAUCAUUUCCUGCAAAGUAUAGAUAAACAGAUUUCAGAAUUUAGAAGUUAAUAUCUUUGUGAUGAUAUGGCAACAUAGAAGAGAAAUAAUAAAGGCUUUUUACUCACAAAAGUAGUUUGAAGUUGGAGAAAUUAGUUGGAUGGAAAGAGUCAAUAGACAGGGAAGAGUAAGAGAUGUGUGGGAAGAAGAAACUAUUUAUAGAUAUGCAGUAAAGCUGCAAAGCUUAUAGCCCAUGUAUGCAAAUAUUUAAUUAUGGGAUAAAAUGGCAUAAUUGCCACCUCUUCUAUGCCUAGCUAUGGAGAUGUCACUUACGCCCUCGAGGUUACUUGCCAUUGAUGUACCUUUAGUAAAGUGUCUUCUCCUGUGGUUGUCAAUAUGUCAAACUACAGGUAAAGAAGCUGAUUUUUUUAAGUGUAAUUUAUGAUUUCAUUGUGGAGAAAUGUGUACUUUUGUUGUAGAUAUGGUCUUAAAUCAACAUAGGAUUGGCAUUAAGAUGGCAUCAUAGUCUAAUGCACUGGCAGGAAUGUCACCUUUGAAUUUUAUAGAUGGGGUUCCACCUAAAGCUAAAAUAAAUCAACAAUGGUCUCGGCGCUUUAGAGCUGCAAAAGAUGCUGCUGAAGCUAGGGCGACAGUUUUUGGUUAUAACUGACAACCCACACAAAUCAAUUUGGUUUUUUCGGUUUCGUUAAUUCAGUUGAAAAACCAAAAUGAUGAACUCAACCGAACCAAAAGCAUAGUGUCAUUUUGGGGGUUUUGGCUGACUAUAUAACACCUAAACCUUUUAACCCUAAUUUUCCUUUACUUUUCUCGCCUCCAGCAGCUAGAUAGAAUACGGACACAUGCUUUCAGCUCCCAAUCCCGUUUCUCUUCCUCUAAAUGUGAGUGCAGUACAUGACCGUCUUCCCUUUCCCCUCAGUUGAGCGGGGCCUUGACCCUCAGCCCUCACCCUCAUGCCUUCACUUCAACCAACAGUUUGGCCUUCAUUGCCUUGGCAGUUGGCCUCGGUUCUUCACCGAUUGUAUAGUCUUAUGAAUAUGGAUCUGCAUGUGAUGAAGAUGGCACAUGCAUGCCCUGGUUCCUUAUUGCCCCUUUAAACUUUAAAGCUUUAUGGGUCUUCUCCCCUUGCUUUCUGUGAUGGUGAUUGUGAUUGCCAUUUUGGAACUGUUGGAACUGUUUAUCUGUGAUUGCCAUUUUGAUUGUGGUUGUGAAAUGCGAAUGCUGAGAUUUUGAGUGUAAUAUGUGAAAUUUUUUAUGUUGAAUUCGCUAAUUUGGGCUUCCAUAAGCAACGGUUUAUAACCGAACCAAAGUGAUAUAUUUCGGUUUGAUUUGCUUCAUUUAUCCUAUAAAAACGGUUUGGUUUAGUUUAAUAAUAAUUAACAUUUUGGUUUUUCA